CAUGUCUAUUUAGUUCAAACAAUUUGACCGUCGAAGACUGCUUCCUGAUGACAAGUGAACUUUAAAAAAAAAAUAGGAAAGUAGCAGACAAAAGUUCUUGCCUAACCCCUUUUAAAUAGAAUAGACACUCUUAAGAUUUUUAAUGAGUAAUGUGGAGAAACUGCUUAUUUUCUUAAACGUUUGGUUAUAACGUGACGAAGAAGCCUAUGGAUACAGGUGACAAGGGGAGGAGACGGAAACAAAGUGUGCGAACCGGCGGCUCGGUGCUAGGGUUGAAUAAUGAAAAAAUCAAAAGGGAAGAAGCGCACGUUUUAAAAUCACUGACUGUUGGGAAUAUAGAAGACAAUGAAGUCCUAAUGGAGGAAGACCGCUAUCCCGGCAGCUUUCUUAAGAGCGGGAAAUUGGAGCGUAGGGUAAUGGCACCGAGAUACAGUUUGUUACGGGAGGUAGGAAGGGGAAGCUAUGGCGUGGUGUACGAGGCCAUUGCGCGGAGGUCUGGUGCAAGGGUAGCUGUAAAGAAACUUCGCUGCGACGCUCCUGAAAAUGUCGAGCUGGCGCUCGCCGAGUUUUGGGCCUUGACAAGCCUUGAGAAGCGGCAUGAGAAUGUGGUGCAGCUGGAAGAAUGUGUUUUGCAAAAGAACGGUCUGGCGCAGAAAAUGAGCCAUGGAAACAAGCGAUCCAAGCAGUAUUUGCGGUUGGUGGAGACUUCACUUAAAGGAGAGCGAGUUUUGGGCUGCCCAGAGGAGCCAUGCUACCUGUGGUUCGUUAUGGAGUUUUGUGAGGGCGGAGACCUCAACCAGUUCAUCCUCUCUCGCCGCCCGGACCCCCCGACCAACAACAGCUUCAUGCUGCAGCUCACCAGUGCGGUGGCCUUCCUCCACAAGAACAACAUCGUCCACCGGGACCUCAAGCCGGACAACAUCCUGAUCUCGGAGAAGUCGGGCUCGCCCGUUCUCAAGGUGGCCGACUUCGGCCUGAGCAAGGUGUGCGCAGGCCUGGGAGGCAGGGACAAGGAAGGGGAGAACGGGAACAAGAACGUCAACGUCAACAAGUUCUGGCUGUCCUCAGCCUGCGGCUCAGACUUCUACAUGGCCCCCGAGGUGUGGGAGGGCCACUACACGGCCAAGGCCGACAUCUUCGCCCUGGGCAUCAUCAUGUGGGCCAUGAUCGAGAGGAUCACCUUCAUCGACGCCGAGUCCAAGCGGGAGCUCUUGGGCUCGUACGUGCGGCAGGGGGCUGAGAUCGUGCCGGUCGGCGAGGCGCUCUUGGAAAACCCAAAGAUGGUGCUCCACAUCCCCCAGAAACGCAGGACUUCCAUGUCUGACGGGGUAAGAAAGCUCCUGCAGGACAUGCUUGCGGUCAACCCCCAGGACCGGCCCGACGCCUUCGAACUGGAGAACCGAAUGGACCAGGUCACGUGUGCCGCGUGAGCUACUCGAACGGUCGAUUGUUUUUCAGAUGUGUUUACGGCCCGUGCUUGAGGAUCUGCGUUCUUUCAGCGGUGGAAAAGGGGACUCAUCUUCUGAACUGUGAAACUUCCACCAUUAAAUGUGAAGAAAAAGGAAAUAAAUGGAGCCAUUUGAUAGGACACAGAGGAAUCGGAGGAUCCUAUGCAAUGCAUUUGCACAGAAAGUCAGGUUUAUUUGUAUUUUUUAUGAAGCCUACCUAAUUAAAAACUUUGCUUUUUGAUAUUGGUUUACCUUAUUUUGUAUAGAACACAUUUCUUCUCAGUAAUACUGGAAUAGAUGCGGAUAACUGAGGGAUUCAUUUCUGUGAUUAUGUUUGUGUUUGUUUUGCCAUUGCUGUGGCUAUUGUUUAUUUAGGCAAAUUCAUAACCGAGUAAUUUGCUCCUAUAGGUGGGCUGGCUUUUGAUUUGAGCCUGUUCAUAUUGUGUAUUGAGUCAUUCUCCCUGUAUUCAACACCUCAGGACCAAUUAUGUCAUUUUCAGUGGGGUUUCUACUCUUUCUAUUUGCCAUCAGUCUAAAUAAUCCUUUCAUGUUCAAAGAAACACUUUGAUAAUUUUGCUCGUAGUUAAGCCAUUGCUGAAGCCCUUGUUAUUGGUUUAUUUUCCAAGGUUACAGAUGUUCCAUGCCCAAAGUGAAAUUUCUGAACCAGACUGUAGCAGACAGGAAUAUAUUUAUGUGAACUGUUGAUUCAAUAUGCCAGUGCCAUUGCAUUUAUUGUGAUUUGGUAACAAAUUGAAUUUUGUAUUGAAAUUGAAAUGAAGCAUGGCUUAUGUUUUCCCCACUCUCUGACCAUGGUGCCUUGAGUCAGGUAUUAGUUAAAGCUGAGUGACUCAUUUGUCACCUUUUGUAGCAUGCAGCAAAUGCUCUUUUCACUGAUUCUGCAGUUUUUGUUGAGGUUUUUAAACCAAGAUUAAGAAUGAUGAGUAAUGAUGCUUUUAGAUGCAGUAUAGCAAAUAUCAAAUUAUACAAGUGUAUGAAGAGAUUUAUUUCAUACACUUGUAUAAUUUUAAUCCCCAUUUAUUCAUGUAUUGGAACAAUUCCUUCUAUUUUUACAUUACAGAUAGAUUUAAAGGGAUCCACUCAACUGGAAUUCUUAAAAGUAACACAAUAGCUUUGAACAAGUAUAAGUGUCCUGCUUAAAAGUGUGUCUACAAGCAUAAUGGGAUAUAAAUGCAUCCUAAGUAGGAUAUAAAAUCAUAAAAAAUGUAUGAAAUCUAGCUGGGUUGGCGAAACAAUUUGUGCGUAACUUUGACUUACAAAUGCAUGCAAGUGCAUACUUUUUUAUUUUUAUUUAUUUUUUUCAACAUAACAUUGUUUUUUUUGGGUGUUUCUUUAAUUGUUUUUGGUGUGAUCACUGAACUUACCAAAGGGUGCAUUUAAAAAAUAACCCACACUUGCAUUUUAACGAAUUCAAAGACAAUUGUGACACAAUUUUGAGCGUUGUUUCAAUACUACAAGAACCAGGCCCCUGCCUAAUUGAAUUGUACAGUUUAUAUCAUAACUGGUAAAAGUAGAGUAGGUUCCUGGAAGCGAGCUAAUAUCAGUUUGAAUAAAAACUGCAUGAUGUUACAAACCAGAGCUUACUAUCAUAACUCUUAACGUAGUGCUUUGGUUUGAUUUGUAUCGGACACGAUUGUCUCAUUGGAUUGUACAGUAGGAUUAAGUUUAACAAGCAGAACACUCCUACAGCUGUAUGGGAUCAUUUUCACAGUCUAUGUGGUCUGUUUAAUGUGUGUUGUUCUAUUCCAUUUACUGCAUUGUGGCCAUUAACUGUGAUUGUGGAUUGAACUCAUUCGUAUUUUACUGCCACUAACCUCUCUCAGCAAUGCCUCAAGAAAUCUCAAGUCAAAACCUGUGAAGAUGUUUUGAAAUGUAAGCUGUUUUCCAAUUCCUCAACCUUUUUCUGCAGUUCGCCCUUAUGUGCAUUCAUUUCGGCCUGCAGUGGAAUUGUUUUCACCCAGAAAAUGUUCUGUUGAUCACGCGAGACUGAAAUUGUUCUUCACAGCUCAGAACUAUGUGGUUUGCACUUUGAAUGGAAAUUGUGUAUUCUUCAGGACCAUAGACAUGGUUGACACCAAACGAACAAUAGACUUUUCUGUACCUCCCUGUUUAUAUUACACUACUAACCUAACAGUACUACAGUACAUGUGUGAUGAUACCUCAGGUAGGAGCAGCUGGGAUUCUUGGCAUCCUUUUCUCCAGUGUCACCAGGGAAGGUGAUGCUAUUAAAUGUGUAUUGCAGGUACAAAAUGCUGAACAAAUCGCUUCAAGUAAUUGUUGAUCUGCAAGUGUGGCUGUUAAACAAGUUAAACUAAGUGACGGGCUGCUUUAUCUGGUGAUUUGUCUGAUUACGUUUUCUUUUUUAUAUCUUUAAUUUUUUGCUGUGCAGAGUAACCGUUGAAAUGAAAGCAAAUGACUGAUUUGUUGUUGAUGUUUGGUUCUGUUCGUAAUGAUUAAUUCUGGAUUUACACCAAAAGAGGAAUUUCCGCAUUUCCAGUCUGAGCCCAGAAGGGACCGCCCACAUUACAAACUUUAACGCUUUUAUUUUCAGGACCAGCGACUCAUACCUGCGACACUGCGCCCAAACGCUUUUGGUGUAAAUCCAGCAUAAGACCUGAGACAUGAUUCCAAUUAUUCCUCAUCUGGUACUACCUCAUGGACCAUUCUCCUCACAAGAUUGACCUUGCUGAAGCCAGCAAGUAUACUUCAGGUUUUACAUAUUGGCAGCGGACAGAGUGGACAAAUUCAGAGUGAACCCCAAUCCUGUUGUGCUAAUUGGUUAAAGUACUGUAGCUGCAAUGAACUGAUCAAACUGGUAAUAGGGUUCAGUUUCAGACUGGUCGAACACAACAGAAACAGAACACAACAGAAACCUAUCGGUUAGCUACUGAAGUGGCAUAUUCCUUCUGUGGUUCUGGCGGUGCCAGUUCUCGGUCUUGGUUAAUUUGGUCUACACAUCUGUGUACAGUUCUACAUUUCUGUUAACUGUUUAUGUAGUUUAGCCUUUUGCAAAUAUUGCUUUGUAAGGGCCUGUUAUUAGAUCACUGCGGCAUUUUGGAAAGAGCAUUUAAAGGAAGAUACAUUGCAAUAGGUCUAAUAGGCCUACAUCUGGCAUUCUAGAACCAUCAAACCUGCACAUACUUGUGCUAGUAUUGGCAGUUAUUGGUUGGUUGUUUGACGCCAUUUUGACUUGCCAUAGAUAACAUUCAGUUUAAGGCUUUUAAGGAUAAACUAUCUUAAUGGCCACCAGUUUUCCCCAUACCUCUUUCCUGUUAUUGCGCUCUAUUGCAUUUGCAUACAUUCAGACAUUUUUGCUGACUAUACUUUUCCGAUUGAGACCAAGCAAUGUCUAGUAUAGGAUUCCCUUCGUUGUGGUGUUUACUGAAAGGACCAGUGCUGAUCUGGACUGUAGCAGCAUGCUUGUUUCUAAUGGUGAAUCUCUAAUGUGAGUGAGUUCAGGUUGAGAAAAGUCAGAAGAGUGAGGAGGGUAGCUGUUUGUCCUAUUUGUGACUUAUGCGAUAACGAUUCAAUCUUUACUUUUCACCUACUGAAGGCUUACCUAUCAUUUAAAUCUUUGCAGCGCUGUCUUGUCCUGACCUUGUAGGAUUUAUCUGUUGCAUGACCACUCAAGUAUGUGUAAAGUACGUACUUUAAAAUAGCUCUCUUCCAAUGUUUUGUGAAUUCCCCGUUGCUGCUGGUAUUUGAUGUCAGCUUUAGCAAUGGUCUGAAAGGUGAAAUGUCUGACUAGCACAGCACUCCACUCCCUGGUGUCAUUUCCUGUUCUGCAGGGUGCACCAGUAGCCUCUGACCUCUGACACAGUAUUGGGUUUUCUUUCUCCAUGUGGAAAAUUCACUUGACCAACUCCUAUGCAACCUCUUCUCCCUGACAUACACUGUGCAAGGAAGCAGGUAGCUUAGCUUUGUAAAACGCAAGCUUGUGUUGUGCACUUCUGAUCGGUUUCACUUGGAUUGGGGGAGCACAGUAUAUUACAAUGUAAUGUGAAAUUCUCCUUUAAACAAGUGUAAUGUUAUAGACAGUUCUUGCCUGUAGAACUGGAGCCAUUAUGUGUUAGUGAUCAAUUGUUAUUUUUGUGUUUUGUUUUAAUGUUGUAAAUAAAUUUGAUUUCUGUUAGUCUUAAUAAAUGAUCAGAAAUUAAA